GGCAUUUUGGGCAUUGAAAGCCGGCUGACAGAAAGAAGGCAAACGAAGCAAAGAGGGAAAACGGGUAGUACGAGGCCCACAGAACCCACCUUGUCAUAUCUUCAAAUCACCACCGUCCGAAGACGGUCACACAUUUGUUCUUUACAUCACGAAAGGCCACGUGGCAGGAAUCCUAAUCCGACGUGGCACCGGCGUGUAGUGGAUAUAGCGCGAAAGCAGGCCGCAGCGAGGAAUUCCCAGACCUCGUCCGAAAAUCCACCUCUUCCGUCUUCCCUUCUCUCUGAAAAGAGAAAAAGAAGAAGGAAAAAAAAUAAAAUCAGAUCUAACAUCUCGAUCAACGUCGACCGUCUGAUCGAUCGAUCACAGAGCCAUCCCUUCAUUUCCUUGCUCGGAACGGACAUAGAUUAUCUUCUACAAGGCCUCGAAUGACAAUCCCAUGUUUCAGUCAUCUCGGAAAACGAUGAAAUGGGCCUCAUUGCUUAAAGACAUCAAGGAGAAGGUCGGUCUCUCGCCAUCCACACCGUCUGUUUCUCCCACAUCAUCUGCCUCGGCAGAAUCUACAUCGUCCGCCAGAAAUGCCUUCUCAUCAUCCCCAUCACGAGAUAAGCAUGAACUGGAGCUGGACUUUAAGAGAUUUUGGGAAGAGUUCCGCUCAUCUAGUUCCGAAAAGGAGAAAGAAGUGUCCUUAAACAUGGCUGUAGAUGUUUUCUGUAGACUAGUGAAGCAGAAAGCUGAUAUAGGUCUAUUAGUUAACAGAUUAGUUGAAGCACACAUAUUCUCUUUUGUUGUGGGAAGAGCAUUUGUAACAGAUGUAGAGAAGUUGAAAAUCUCAAGCAAGACAAGAUCUUUGAAUGUUGUGAAAGUCUUAAGCUUUUUUUGUGAAGUCACAAAGGAUGGCAUCAGGCCUGGUUCAAAUCUUCUAUAUGCUGUUGAAGUUCUUGUGUCAGGGGCACUUGAUAAACAACCACUUCUGGAUUCUGGGAUUCUAUGCUGUCUUAUUCAUAUUCUGAACGCCCUUCUCACUCCUGAUGUGGCUAAUCAAACACAACUGGGAGUGAACUCGGAAAAGUCAAUUUUAUCUGUAGAAGGUCAUGAUGCAGAGAGCAUACAAGUGCGCCGGCUUGAGAUAGAGGGAAGUGUAGUGCAUAUUAUGAAAGCACUUUCGAGCCAUCCUUCAGCUGCACAGAGUUUGAUUGAGGAUGAUUCACUUCAGCUUCUGUUUCAAAUGGUUGCAACCGGGUCUUUAACUGUUUUUUCUCGGUUUAAGGAGGGCCCUGUUCCUUUGCAUACCAUUCAGCUUCACCGACAUGCCAUGCAGAUACUUGGCCUUCUUCUGGUCAAUGACAAUGGAAGCACAGCAAAAUACAUUCACAAGCAUCAUCUGAUAAAAGUCCUUUUAAUGGCUGUGAAGGAUUUUAAUCCUGAGAGCGGGGAUCCUGCAUACACUAUGGGUAUAGUAGACAGGCUACUUGAAUGUGUGGAGUUGUCAUAUAAACCUGAGGCUGGUGCUAUUAGGCUGCGGGAGGAUAUACAUAACGCACAUGGCUAUCAGUUUCUUGUGCAGUUUGCACUGAUACUGUCCAGCUUGCAGAAGAAUCAGGUUGUUCAGUCUGUCCAUUCCCAACCUUCUUCUGAAGAAAAUCUUCCUUUGGAUGGUUCCCAUGCAUCAUACGGUGGACCCCAGCAAGAUUCCACCGGUAGAGGGGAAACCUCACCUCCGCAUCUUUCUCCAUCAUUGUCCAGGUUGCUUGAUGUUCUUGUAAAUCUAGCACAAACAGGUCCUACAGAGCCUACUGGAUCUGCUGGUGGAAAAAGCUCCAAAUCUAAUAAUAGCAGGGCUAGUGCGAAUCGCAGAAGUCGUACAUCAUCUUCUGAUAUGAACAGUGAUGAUAUUUGGGAAAAAGGCAACACAAAAGUAAGAGAUCUUGAAGCCAUUCAGAUGCUGCAGGAUAUUUUUCUCAAGGCUGACAACAUAGAAGUGCAGGCAGAGGUUUUGAAUAGAAUGUUCAAAAUAUUCUCAAGUCAUCUUGAGAAUUACAAGCUUUGUCAACAGCUGCGGACAGUGCCUCUCUUAAUCCUAAACAUGGCAGGCUUCCCUCAGUCACUGCAGGAGAUAAUCUUAAAAAUUCUUGAAUAUGCUGUAACUGUUUUGAAUUGUGUUCCUGAACAGGAGCUGCUUUCACUUUGCUGCUUAUUGCAGCAACCAAUAUCCUCUGAACUAAAGUACACGAUCCUUUCAUUUUUUGUAAAGCUCUUAUCCUUUGAUCAGCAGUACAAGAAAGUCUUGAGAGAAGUUGGUGUUUUGGAGGUGUUGUUGGAUGACCUGAAGCAGCAUAAAUUUCUAUCUGGUGGUGAUCAGCAUAAUAAAGCACCCGGCAUUCUGGAGAUCCAGUCCAAUUCAAGCAGUUUCAAGAAACAUCUGGACAGCAAGGAUGCCAUCAUUUCUUCACCUACGCUUAGGGGAUCUGGUUCUGGGAAAUUUCCCGUUUUUGAAGCUGAGAGGACUAUUAGUAUUGCGUGGGAUUGUCUAGUCUCUUUACUGAAGAAAGCUGAAGCUAACCAAUCGUCAUUGAGAUCGUCCAAUGGUGUCACCAUUGUUCUCCCAUUUUUGGUCUCAGAUGUUCACCGAGCAGGGGUUCUCCGAAUGCUAUCAUGCUUGAUUAUUGAAGAUGUCACACAGGUUCAUUCCGAAGAAUUAGGUGCACUGGUUGAAGUACUAAAAAGUGGAAUGGUUACUAGUGUUUCGGGAUCCCAGUACCAGCUUCAUGCUGAUGCAAAGUGCGACACUUUGGGAGCCUUAUGGCGUAUCCUGGGAGUUAAUUAUUCAGCGAAGAGGGUCUUUGGAGAAGCCACAGGAUUUUCUCUCCUGCUUACAACACUCCAUAGUUUCCAGAGUGAUGGAGGACAUGAUGACGAUCAAGCUUCUUUAAUGGCUCAGAUGAAGGUUUUCAGCUUUCUACUACGUGUUAUAACUGCUGGAGUGUGCAAUAGUGCAAUAAACCGAUUAAGAUUGCACACAAUUAUAUCAUCCCAGACAUUCUAUGAUCUUCUUUGUGAGUCUGGUUUGCUUUGUGUGGAUUAUGAAAGGCAAGUUAUCCAGCUGUUGCUGGAGCUUGCGCUUGAAGUAGUGGUUCCACCAUCCUGCAUCUUGCAAGCAGAGAACACUCCAUCAUCUAAUACCAUUGAAGCUGGAUCGGCAAAUUUUCUUUUAGGAUCUUCAUUGGGUGCUUUUAGGCCUGAUAAAGAGAGGCUGUAUAAUGCUGGCGCUGUGGGAGUUCUGAUUCGUUUUUUGUUGCAUGUUACUCCAAAGGUGCAGCUAGAAGUGCUAAAUUUCAUUGAACAACUUGCCCGUGCUGGCCCUUUCAAUCAGGAAAACCUGUCUUCUGUUGGUUGCGUGGGUUUGCUACUGGAUACCAUCCGUCCAUUUCUCGGGGGCUCAUCACCAUUGCUUAUACAUGCAUUGCAAAUUGUGGAGGUGCUUGGGGCAUACAGGCUGUCUUCAUCAGAGCUCCGAGUGCUUGUUAGAUAUAUACUACAAACGAAGAAUUUAAAUUCAGGCCAUAUUCUCGUUGAUAUGAUGGAGAGAUUAAUUCAAAUGGAAGACACGGCCUUGGAAAAUGUUUCUCUUGCACCUUUCGUGAAGAUGGACAUGAGCAAAAUUGGUCAUGCUUCUGUUCAAGUAUCUUUAGGUGAAAGAACAUGGCCUCCUGCUGCUGGAUAUUCAUUUGUUUGUUGGUUUCAGUUCCGCAACCUCUUGAAAAAUCAAACAAAGGAACCAGAACAACCAUCUAAGACCAGCUCUUCUAAAUCGAAGAGUACCUCUAGCAGCAAUGCUCUCCGGAUUUUCUCUGUUGGUGCGUUGGAAGAUGGAAACACGUUUUAUGCAGAGCUUUACCUUCAGGAUGAUGGUGUUCUCACCCUUGCAACCAGCAGCUCCUCCUCACUAUCAUUCCCCGAUCUUGAUCUGGAAGAGGGAAGGUGGCAUCACCUUGCAGUUGUUCACAGCAAACCUAAUGCGUUGGCUGGACUUUUUCAAGCUAGUGUAGCAUAUGUAUAUCUCAAUGGGAAGCUGAGACACACAGGAAAGCUAGGUUAUUCUCCCUCUCCUGUUGGAAAACCACUGCAGGUCAUUAUUGGGACACCUGCUACCUGUGCAAAAGUUACUGAACUAUCUUGGAGGCUCCGCUGCUGCUAUCUCUUUGAGGAGGUGCUCUCUUCUGGCAGUAUUUGCUUCAUGUACAUUCUCGGCAGAGGCUAUAAGGGGCUCUUCCAAGAUACGGACCUUUUGCAAUUCGUUCCUAACCAGGCUUGUGGUGGGGGCAGCAUGGCCAUCUUAGAUUUAUUGGAUGCCGAGUUGCCUUCGGCUUCUAAUAUCCAGAAGAUUGAUAGUGCUGGAAAACCAGGGAGCUCUAAGGCGGAUGGAAGUGGAGUCGUUUGGGACUUGGAAAGAUUGGGAAACCUCUCAUUGCAGCUUUGUGGGAAGAAGCUCAUAUUUGCAUUUGAUGGAACCUCCUCUGAGGCUUUCCGGGCAUCUGGGACUUUAUCCAUGCUAAAUCUAAUUGAUCCAACAUCAGCUGCUGCUUCACCUAUUGGUGGUAUACCGCGCUUUGGUCGUCUUCACGGAGAUAUUUAUAUCUGUAGCGAAUGUGUUAUUGGAGAUAGCAUCCGAACAGUUGGUGGGAUGGCCGUCGUCCUUUCUCUUGUUGAAGCCGCCGGAACCAGGGAUAUGCUGCAUAUGGCUCUGUCUUUACUUGCUUGUGCACUUCAUCAGAGUCCUCAGAAUGUGCAUGACAUGCAAGCAUGCAGAGGAUACCAUUUGCUUGCUCUCUUCCUGCACCGUAGAAUGUCUUUGUUUGACAUGCAGUCUCUUGAUAUCUUUUUCCAAAUUGCAGCAUGUGAAGCUUCUUUUUCUGAACCUCAGAGGUUGCAAGGGACUCGGACUAUACUUUCCCCUGCUGGAUCCAUUCAAGAAGCCAGCUACGAGGAUCUUACUUUGUCAAAGUUUCCUGAUGAGCUUUCAUCGGUUGGAUCACAUGGAGGACUGGAUGAUUUUUCUGUACAAAAGGAUGCACUAAGUCAUAUUUCAGAGCUUGAAAAUGUUGAUUUGCAGGCAGAAACUUCAAACUGCAUUGUAUUAUCAAAUGCUGAUAUGGUUGAGCAUGUCCUGUUGGACUGGACCUUGUGGGUUACUGCUCCUGUUUCGAUUCAAAUUGCACUUCUUGGCUUUCUUGAGCGGCUGGUAUCUAUGCAUUGGUAUAGGAAUCAUAACCUUACAAUCCUGCGCCGAAUUAACCUUGUUCAACAUUUGCUAGUAACUCUGCAGAGGGGUGAUGUUGAAGUGCCUGUUUUAGAGAAACUCGUUGUAUUACUAGGUGUCAUUUUGGAGGAUGGCUUUUUAACUUCUGAACUGGAACAUGUGGUCAGGUUUGUGAUUAUGACAUUUGACCCUCCGGAGCUGACACAGCGUCAGCAAAUUGUUCGAGAGUCGAUGGGAAAACACGUCAUUGUGAGAAAUAUGCUACUUGAAAUGCUUAUAGAUUUACAGAUGACCAUAAAUACUGCAGAGUUGCUUGAACAAUGGCAUAAGAUUGUUUCAUCCAAGUUGAUCACAUAUUUUCUUGAUGAAGCUGUCCAUGUGACCAGUAUGAGAUGGGUAAUGACUCUUCUUGGGGUUUGUCUUGCAUCUUCUCCUACAUUUGCACUGAAAUUCCGUACCAGUGGAGGUUAUCAAGGCUUGGCACGUGUGCUUCCGAGCUUCUAUGAUUCUCCAGAAAUAUACUACACCCUCUUCUGUUUAAUAUUUGGCAAGGCUGUAUAUCCAAGACUACCAGAGGUUCGAAUGCUAGAUUUUCAUGCCCUUAUGCAAAGUGAUGGAAGUUAUGGAGAACUGAAGUUUAUGGAGCUUUUGGAGUCUGUGAUUGCUAUGGAAAAAUCAACAUUUGAUAGGUUGACCAUACAAUAUAUGCUUGCUUACCAAAAUGGUAACCUUUCACAAAGCAGUGGUAGCUUGGUCGCAGAGCUUGUAGAACCAACGACAGACAUGGCUGGAGAGCUUCAAGGUGAAGCUCUGAUGCACAAGACAUAUGCAGCGCGUUUAAUGGGUGGGGAGGCUGCAGCUCCUGCUGCUGCUACAUCAGUUCUGCGCUUCAUGGUUGAUCUUGCAAAAAUGUGCCCCCCCUUUUCUGUUGUUUGCAGGCGUGCCGAAUUUCUAGAAAGCUGUGUGGACCUAUAUUUUUCUUGCGUAAGGGCUGCUUGUGCAGUGAAAAUGGUGAAAGACCUAUCUAUAAGAACAACAGAGGAGAAAAACAUGAACGACCCUGAUGAUACCCACAGUUCUCAGCAUACAUUCUCCAGCCUUCCUAAUGAACAUGAACAAUCUGCCAAAACUUCCAUAAGCAUUGGAAGCUUUCCUCAAGUGCAGAAAAGCACAAGUUCUGAAGAUAUGUUUGGGCUGCAGAAUGAUUUGGGAGAUGAUAAAGCGGAGAAAACAGCCAGCAUAUCCCAUGUGGAAUCAAGCAAGCUGUUCAAGGGAGAAGAUAGCCAGAAAUUUCAAAAUUUGGAUGUUGAAAGUCUUGAGCAGGUGUCCAUGGUCACUUCCAUCACCGACAAAUUCGGUUUUAGUAACACAAAUGGGACAUCUAAUGCCAUUCAUGGGACAGAGUCAUUUAGUUCUGCAUCUGUAAUUGUGCCUGAUUCUCCUGAUUUUUCUGAGAAAUCGGGUUCUAAACCACCGGUCACACCCUCCUCAUCACCAGUUAUUGCCUUGACAUCCUGGUUGGGCAGUACAGGUAAUGAUGAAACAAAAUCUCUACUAACGGCUACUCCAUCAAUGACAUCUUCAGUGUCUGUGAGUGAAUUUGAGGCAUCACAAGAUUUAAAGACCACCUCUCAAGGAUCAUCUGCUGUAAACACAUUCUUUGCUAUCAAUCCGGAGGUUCUACUUGAAAUUGACAACUCUAGUUAUGGAGGAGGUCCAUGUUCUGCUGGAGCGACUGCCGUUUUAGAUUUCAUUGCUGAAGUUCUUGCUGACAUUGUGACGGAACAGAUCAAAGCGACACAGAUUGUAGAGAGCAUAUUGGAAGCUGUUCCUUUGUACGUCGAUGCUGACUCUGCGUUAGUGUUUCAGGGUCUGUGCCUCAGCAGACUGAUGAACUUUCUGGAACGGCGCCUAUUGCGUGAUGAUGAGGAAGAUGAGAAAAAGCUUGAUAAGAGUCGUUGGUGUGCAAACUUGGAUACACUAUGCUGGAUGAUUGUGGACCGUGUAUAUAUGGGUGGUUUUCCUCAGCCAGGUGGAGUACUGAGGACGCUGGAGUUCUUAUUGUCCAUGUUACAGUUAGCUAACAAAGAUGGACGGAUUGAAGAUGCCGCACCCAUUGGAAAAGGUCUUUUAUCCAUCACACGGGUAAGCAAGCAACUGGAGACUUACAUACUUGCAAUUUUGAAAAAUACAAACCGAAUGGUCAUGUACUGUUUCCUGCCUUCGUUCCUGAUCACCAUCGGAGAGGAGGACUUUCUUUCAUGUUUGGGCUUGCAAAUUGAACCUAGGAAGAGCUCGCCCCUGAACGCUUUGCAAGAUGAGUCAGCCAUCGACAUCUGCACAGUCUUACAGUUGUUAAUUGCUCACAAACGACUUCUACUCUGUCCAAGCAAUCUUGAUACCGAUCUCAUUUGCUGCCUUUGUGUAAAUCUAAUUUCUCUUCUCCGAGACCAGAGACGAACUGCACAAAGCAUGGCGGUGGAUGUGAUCAAACAUCUGCUGCUGCAUCGCCGUGCUGCACUGGAGGAAUUGCUUGUUUCGAAGCCAAACCAAGGACAAUGUUUUGAUGUUUUGCACGGAGGUUUUGACAAGCUGUUGACAGGAGGUUCUUCAGCCUUCUUUGAGUGGCUUCAGAGAUCUGAACAGACAAUCAACAAAGUGUUAGAGCAGUGUGCUUCUAUUAUGUGGGUGCAGUAUAUUGCUGGGUCUGGAAAGUUUCCUGGGGUGAGAAUAAAAGGCAUGGAGGGUCGCCGAAAACGAGAGAUGGCGAGGAGAUCACGGGAUGCUUCAAAGCUGGACUUAAGACAUUGGGAGCAGAUGAAUGAGCGGAGAUAUGCACUUGAAUUGUUUCGUGAUGCGAUGUCGACUGAGCUUAGACUUGUUCGUCAAGAUAAAUAUGGAUGGGUUCUACAUGCUGAGAGCGAGUGGCAAACCCAUCUCCAGCAACUUGUACAUGAGCGAGGAAUAUUCCCACUGUGGAACUCCUUAGGGCUAGAAUCUGAAUGGCAGCUUUGUCCCAUUGAAGGGCCAUAUCGAAUGCGGAAAAAACUCGAGCGUUGCAAAUUGAAAAUCAAUACAAUUCAAAAUGUUCUUAAUGAACCAUUUGAAUUGGAUAAAGCCAUCAUGACAAAGGAAAGAAAUGAAAGCGGUCUGGGUGCUUCUGAAAGUGAUUCUGAUUCGUUUUUUCAUCUUUUAUCUGAUUCUGCAAUGCAGAAGAGUUUUGAUGGUGGGGAGUACGAGGAGUCUUCUUUCAAAGAAGCAGAUGAUUUUAAAGAUGGUGAUUCCGCAUCUGCUCAUCUAGGGUGGAAUGAUGAUAGGUGUAGCAGUAUAAAUGAAGCAAGUCUUCACUCUGCUCUGGGAUUUGGGGCCAAGUCCAGCGCUGUUUCUGUCCAAAUAACUGAUAGUGCAGUUGCAAAAUCUGAGUUGGGUUCUCCAAUUCAGUCUUUUGUUAAAAUUGAUGAAACUAAAACUGCAGAAGAUAAAUCAGAUCGGGAGCUAAGUGAUAACGGUGAAUAUCUAAUUAGACCUUAUCUUGAGCCCCUCGAGAAGAUAAGGUUCAGAUACAAUUGUGAGCGUGUUGUUGGUCUUGACAAGCAUGAUGGUAUAUUUCUCAUAGGGGAGCUCUGUUUAUAUGUAAUUGAGAACUUUUACAUAGAUAACUCUGGGUGCAUAUGUGAAAAAGAAUCUGAAGAUGAACUCUCAGUAAUUGAUCAAGCUUUGGGUGUUAAGAAAGAUGUUACUGGCAGCACGGAAUUCCAGUCAAAAUCACCUUCUUUCUCUGGUGCGAUGACAGUCAAGGCAUCGGGUGGGGGAAGAGCAUGGGCAUUCAAUGGAGGUGCAUGGGGAAAGGAGAGAGUUUGUACUAGUGGUAGUCUGCCUCACCUAUGGCGUAUGUGGAAGCUUGAUAGUGUUCAUGAGAUUCUGAAGCGUGAUUACCAGCUGCGUCCUGUUGCUGUUGAGAUAUUCAGUAUGGAUGGUUGUAAUGAUCUUCUGGUUUUCCAUAAAAAAGAGAGAGAAGAGGUGUUCAAGAAUUUGGUUGCUAUGAAUCUUCCACGGAACAGCAUGUUAGACACAACGAUAUCGGGAUCAGUAAAACAAGAAAGCAAUGAAGGAAGCCGUCUUUUCAAGAUCAUGGCCAAGUCCUUUUCCAAGAGAUGGCAAAAUGGAGAAAUUAGCAACUUCCAGUACCUCAUGCACCUCAACACUCUUGCAGGACGUGGAUAUAGUGAUCUGACCCAGUAUCCAGUAUUUCCAUGGGUUCUUGCUGAUUAUGAGAGUGACAGUCUGGAUUUGACAGAUCCCAAAACAUUCCGUAAGCUUGAUAAGCCAAUGGGAUGCCAAACACCAGAAGGGGAAGAUGAAUUCAUAAAAAGAUAUGAAAGUUGGGAUGAGCCAGAUGUUCCCAAGUUUCACUAUGGUUCGCAUUAUUCUAGUGCUGGAAUUGUGCUUUUCUAUCUCCUACGCCUGCCACCGUUCAGCACAGAGAACCUGAAGUUACAAGGUGGCCAGUUUGAUCAUGCAGAUCGUCUUUUCAAUAGUGUAAGAGACACGUGGCUGAGUGCAGCUGGAAAGGGUAACACGUCAGAUGUGAAGGAACUGAUUCCAGAAUUCUUCUACAUGCCUGAGUUCCUGGAAAACCGCUUCAAUCUUGAUUUGGGAGAAAAACAAUCAGGGGAGAAGGUUGGUGAUGUUGUGUUGCCCCCUUGGGCCAAAGGUAGCACUAGAGAGUUCAUCAGGAAGCACCGGGAAGCAUUGGAAUCUGAUUUUGUUUCAGAGAAUCUACACCAUUGGAUUGAUCUCAUCUUUGGAUAUAAACAGAGGGGAAAGGCAGCUGAAGAUGCUGUGAAUGUUUUCUAUCAUUACACAUAUGAAGGCAGUGUGGACAUAGAUGCCGUUUCUGAUCCUGCGAUGAAGGCUGCGAUUCUAGCACAGAUCAAUCACUUUGGGCAGACACCGAAGCAGCUAUUCCUUAAACCCCAUGUGAAGCGGCGAUCUGAUCGCAAGCUUCCACUUCACCCUCUCCGGCACUGUAACCAUCUCGUCCCCCAUGAAAUCAGGAGAACUUCAUCUUCGAUAUCUCAGAUUGUCGCCUUCCAUGAAAAGAUCCUUGUGGCCAGCACGAACAACUUGCUUAAACCCAGAACGUAUAACAAGUACAUUGCAUGGGGCUUUCCAGACCGCAGCUUGAGAUUCAUGAGUUACGAUCAAGACAGGCUCCUCUCCACUCAUGAGAGUCUUCAUGGUGGCAACCAAAUUCAGUGUGCUGGAGUUAGUCAUGAUGGUCAGACGCUGGUCACUGGUGGCGAUGAUGGUGUGGUCUCUGUUUGGCGAAUCAACGAGGAUGGGACCCGCAAUCAGCGGCACCUCCAUUCUGAGCGGGCACUUUGUGCUCACACGGCCAAGAUCACGUGUCUCCAUGUUAGCCAGCCUUACACACUGAUUGUAACUGGAUCAGAUGAUUGCACUGUCAUUUUAUGGGACCUCGGCAGCUUGGUCUUCGUGAAGCAGCUCCCUGAGUUCCCAGCACGAGUAUCUGCAAUCUAUGUGAACGACUUAACCGGGGAAAUAGUGACGGCGGCUGGUGUUCUGCUUGCUGUUUGGAGCAUCAAUGGUGACUGUCUGGCAGUGGUCAACACGUCUCAGCUGCCAUCCGACUUCAUUGUUUCAGUGACAAGCACUACUGCCUCUGAUUGGUUGGAGACAAACUGGUAUGUGACUGGCCACCAGAGUGGGGCCGUCAAGGUCUGGCACAUGGUUCAUUUUUCCGAGGAGAGCAGCCGGAUGAAGCCGGCCAACAAUGGCACGUGUGGGUUGGGGCUGAAUGGCAAAGCACCCGAGUACAGGCUGGUCCUUCACAAGGUACUGAAGUCGCAUAAGCAUCCAGUUACAGCCCUCCAUCUUACCAGUGACCUCAAGCAGCUGCUGAGUGGGGACUCGAGUGGGCACUUGGUCUCUUGGACCCUGCCAGACGAGAGCUUGAAAGCUUCAUUUAAUCAUGGGUGAUGAUGAGCAAUGAUACAUGUGGUGCUAAUUUACGCUGUGGUCCAGUUGGGCGGCGUUGAUUGCAAGCUGAACCCUACUUGGGUUUGGAUGUCCUUGUCGGAAGAAGAACAAGAAGAUUGAUUUGAUUGUACCAAAAAAAAAGUGGAUUGUGCAAAGCUGGUCUUAGAAAUGAGGGAGACAAUGCAUGAGUUCUUUUGAAGGUGACAAGGAAAACAACCUCAUCAAGCUGAUACAGAUUAAGUUAAGACGAAGCAACAAUGUGCCCACAUUGACAUGUGAACAGCUCGAUGGUCGAUCAUGAUUUAGACAAAAAUAUGAGGCAUGUUUAGCGCGGCCAGUUUCGGUGUAAAUAGGGCUGUGACUGACAUCUGUAGAAUUGUAUAGAGUGAAAGAAGGUUGCCAUGAGCGCUAUCGGGGAGAAGUAUCCGGCUGUUUGUGCGAUAAAGUUAAUCAGUACGAGUGGUUUUUUUUGUUCUUAUUUAUGUGUACGGGUGCAAUUGAGCACCCUUUCCUGUCUUUUUCCUCUUUUUCCUGCAGAAUGAGUGUGCAAAGGGUUCAUUCAAUUCUCUCCCACUCGUAAACCUCUUUUAUGUUAAUUUGUGAGUUAAUGAUUUUGAUGAAAUUGAUAAAAGUCCAUGCACCCCACUGCAUUGUCCACUACUUAUAAAUCAACACCUUUUGUCUAAAUUUCUAUU